AAAACAAACACAGCUAGUACUGGCAUUAGCCAGCAGCGUUUUCAAAUUGGACUACCCGCUAAUAAAGAGAAAAGAGAAGAAGCUAAAUAUAAGCUCUCCCCUCCAGUAACAGCAGCAACUCGAGAGGCGCUUAGCAAUGGAGGCGGCGGUGAUAGACGCUGGUACUCAGCUCCUUAAAGCCGGCACCGCAGUUCCAGAUCAAGCUCCGCCCAUGAUAAUUCCGAGCCAAAUGAAACGAAUGGUGGAAGAUGGAACAUCGGGUGAUAAUAAUGAAUCCGUAUUUGAGGAUGUAACUGUCGAUCCUGUUGUUCGAGGUUAUAUAAGAGAUUGGGAUGCGAUGGAAGAUUUGUUGCAUUAUGUUUUAUACACUAGUCUUGGUUGGGAAGAGGGAAAUGAAGGCCAAGUUUUGUUUACCGAUCCCCUUUGCACUCCCAAGGCUGUUAGAGAACAAUUGGUACAAUUGAUGUUUGAGACAUUUAAUGUUUCUGGGUUUUAUGCAUCGGAGCAAGCGGUGUUGUCUCUUUAUGCAGUUGGGCGUAUCUCUGGAUGCACCGUUGAUAUCGGUCAUGGGAAGAUUGAUAUUGCACCAGUACUUGAAGGUGCUGUUCAGCACAUUGCUUCAAGAAGAUUUGAAAUUGGUGGUGUUGAUUUGACAAAGUUACUUGCCCAAGAACUGAGUAAAUCUAAUCUUUUGGUGAAUCUCAAUGCAUCUGAUGCUGAGAUGUUAAAAGUAAAGUACUCCUGUUGUGCUGAAGACGAGCUUGCCUACGAGAAGACUCAAAGGUCAAGUGAUACAGAGGAGCAUACCCUUCCUGAUGGACAGGUGAUUAGAAUUAGAAGAGAAAAAUAUACAAUUGGUGAGGCAUUAUUUCAACCAUCUAUACUGGGUAUAGAGGCACUUGGAAUAGUUGAGCAGCUUGUACGUAGUAUUUCAACUGUUUCUUCAGAGAACCACCGCCAACUGCUGGAAAAUACUGUACUUUGUGGUGGCAUAACUUCUAUGCCUGGUUUUGAAGAUAGGUUUCAGAAAGAAGCAAGCCUGUGCUCAUCAGCUAUUCGUCCUUCACUUGUAAAGCCUCCAGAAUAUAUGCCCGAUAAGUUGACAGAGUACUCUGCAUGGGUGGGAGGUGCCAUACUAGCCAAAGUUGUGUUCCCUCAGAAUCAGCAUGUUACCAAGGGAGAUUACGAUGAAACUGGACCAUCCAUUGUCCAUCGGAAAUGCUUUUGACCCGUUUAAUAUGUGUGAGUUGCUAAAUGUUUUUUCUAUUUCUACUUGUAUUAUGGUAGAUGGCUAGGAUGGCACUGAACAAUAGACUAGUAGGAUUAUCAACUUGGAAGAAAUGCCAAAUAAUAUUUUCUGUGUUUGUAGUUUUUCUUCAUUUUUGGACAUUUCAUGGAUCGUAUGAUUCAACAGGAUUCCAUUUAACCUUAAAACAUUUAUUGUUUA